UCUGGCCGCCUGGCGACAGAGGCCAGACCUCACAACGCGGCUCACAGGACAGUCACAAACGAAGUCCCACCAGCAGUGCGAUAGCGCCGACCGACCGCCGCCGCCAUGGCCUACGAGAUCGUGGACAGCAACUACGGCAAGAACUGGGUAAAGCUGCUGCACGUGCACCGGCAGGGGUCCGUGCACACGAUCCGCGAGUGGGAGGUGUGCAGUGAGCUGACUCUCGACUCCAAGGACUAUAUCAACGGAGACAACUCGGACAUUGUUGCCACCGAUUCGCAGAAGAACACCAUCUAUCUGCUGGCCAAGAACCAUGGCCUGACCACGCCCGAGGCGUUCGGCCUCCUGCUCUGCUCGCACUUCCUCGCCAAGUACUCGCACGCGAAUCGGGUCAACAUCCUGGUGGAAGUGCACCCAUGGCGGCGCAUCGAGGCAGGGGGUCAGCCGCACGAGCAUGCCUUCGUGACCUGUCGAGAGGCCGUGCGAACGUGCCAGGUGCGCCAGGAGCGCGGCGCACUGCCGGGUGUGGCCGGACUCAAGGGUCUGCAGGUGCUGAAGACAACGCAGUCGGCGUUCGUCAACUUCGUGCGCGACGAAUACCGCUCGCUGCCAGACAUGGCCGACCGCGUCUUUUCGACGGUGGUGGGGGCCAAUUGGCGGUACGACGCGCUGCGGGACGUCGACUACGACGCCAGCUGGGCCACGGUGCGGGAGAUCGUGCUGGACCUGUUCGCCGGACCGGCCAAGGGCGGCGUGUUCUCGCCCUCCGUGCAGAAUACACUGUAUCUGGCGCAGGUGAAGAUCCUGAACCAGCUGCCCGCCGUCGGCGAAGUGGAGAUGGUGAUGCCCAACAAGCACUACUUCGCAGUGGAUUUGUCCAAAUUCCCAGGCGUGGGCAGCGCAACCAACAACGAGGUGUUCCUGCCGGUCGACAAGCCGUCGGGCAACAUUCGCGCCGUGCUGGCCAGGUCCCGCGCCAGACUCUGAGCCGGGAGGCACGGCGAUCGAUCAGACUGAUACCGGGUCUGCCAGUGCAGUUUAUCCGCCAAGGGAGACGUUUGCAUGGAAAUAAGGUCGGUUAAGCUAUUUGAAUGACAAGGAUGCAUGACAGAACUGGUCAUCUUCGCACAUGCAAACAUUCGUUGCACAAAUAUCAAACAUGUCUAGCUUUCUAUCCGUUACAUUAAACGACGAUAGAAUCAGAUCCCAAUAUACACAUGGGCCCAUGUCUAUUUUAAUCGUGUUCCUUAGAUGACAUGUUUGUACUUGCCUGCCGGUGGGACGAAUGCAAAAAAGGACAUCGCGCGCAAGCCCAUUGAGAACCAUGUCACCUUUUUAGUGAUGAGAACCUUUCCUGCAUGAUCUGGAAAUCAAAUAUAUAUGAAUCAUUUGA